AUGCGUUGGGCGUAUGCCCUUGGAGGCAGUCUGCUGGUCCUGGGCUUCCUCGCCGGCUUCGGGGUGGACAGGGUCGUGCAGGAAAUUGACAGGCGCGUGGAGUCUGCCAUCUCGGAGCAGGUCAUCUGGCGCCCCGACUCCCCACCCAGCGUCCAUGACCGGUAUGCAGCCACCAAUGCCUCGGUGCACGUACGCUACUACUUCUUCAGCAUCACCAACAUCGUCGACGUCCGCGCCGGCGCAAAGCCCGUCCUGGAGGAGAUCGGCCCCUUCAUCUACACCAAGCACGCCAUCAAGCAGGGCAUCACCUUCCUGAACGGCACAGUGUCCUUCCACGACUACACCUACUACCUGCCCUGCCCCGAGCUGACGCCGCUGUCCCUCGACACCCCCAUCACCACGCUCAACCUGCCCCUUGUGGGCGCGCUGGAGAAGAUCGGCGGCUACGCGCCGGCCUCCGCCGCGCGUUGGCUCAGCUGGCUGGCGCGCGCGGUGGAGGCCUGGUCCGGCGCCGACGUGGAGGGCCUGUUUACCACGCGCAGCGCGCGCGAGCUGCUCUGGGGCUACGACGACCCCCUGCUCAAGCGCCUGCACUGGUUUGCCCCCGGGCUGGACCCCCACUUCACCAUCGUGCACAACAUCAGCGGCGCGGCGGCCGCGGCGACCCGCCCCGUCAACGUCAUGGCCACGGGCGCACGCGACCCGCGGGAGGUCUGGCAGGCGCGGGAGUGGCGGGGGCUGACCCGGGUCACCGCCUGGGCGCCGCCGCACGUGGAGCGCGUGCGCGGCGGGGACGGGCUCCAGUUCCAGCCGGGCGUGACACUGGGCCAGAGCCACGUGGUGUGGGUUGGGGAGGCCUUCCGGGCCGCCACCCUGCUGGCCCAGGAGGAGACGAGUCUGCACGGGGUCCCCCUGAUCCGGCUGCGCACAGACCCCCACCAGGGCGACAUCAACCCGACCUACUUCCAGUACAUCCAGGGCCUGAUGAACAUCACCGGGCCCAUGGCAUCAGGCAGGCAGCGGGUUGCUGGAGGGGUGGGCAAGCGUGUCUUCUGGGGGCCGCUGGGACAGGCAGGAAAGACGGGGCCGCCCCUCUUCCUCUCCAUGCCACACUACUGCGGUGCCGACCCGGCGCUGGCGGCGGGGGUGGUGGGCCUCAAGUGCGACCCUGCGCGCCACAAGCUGCACCUCGACGUCGAACCACACACCGGGAUCACGGUGCGGGGCGCCCGCAGGAUCCAGCUCAGCUCCUGGUUUGGGCCCAGGUGGAAGCCGAUCGACGGCGGGGUGACACCCACCUACCUGCCCAUAUUCUGGGCGGACGAGGCAUCAGAGGCAAGCGAGGAGCAGAUGCAACUCUUCAAGCCCCUGCUGAGAGCUGAUCAGGCCAGGGCCCUGCUCAACCACUGGCACUGGCACCUGGUGGCGGCGCUGACGACGGCAGGCGCGGCACUGCUGGUCUUGGCCGCCACCCUUACGCCGCCAGAAGAGGCAGGGGUGACCAGGGCCGGCGCCCUGCCGUCUCGCGUGACGACGGGGGAGGUGGACAUGGAAGCCGUUCCUCUGCUGGACCAAGGGCCAGAGGAGAUCCAGCCUGUGGUGGUUCCUGGCAGCCCAUGA